AUGGCACCGAUAUCUAUUGCCGACCUGGUGGCUGCUCUCCCCUCGGAGGACACCUGGGGCCCCGCCACCUCCGGCGACAACAUGCUCGAGGGCGUGCCCUACGCACCCUUCUCCAAGGGCGACAAGCUCGGCCGCAUGGCCGACUGGACUUCCGAGUCCAAGGACCGUGAGAGGCAAGGUCGCCAGCCCUACAACCGGAACUUCAGAGACCAGCAGGUGUAUGGCGCCGGCUCAUCCAGCCUGUUCACCAUCCAGGCCGAGGACGAGUCCUCUUUCUCCGUCGUCGACAACGCUCGCUCGUCGGCCAAGCGCACCUUCGGCCGCGGCGGCGGCACCGUCUUCCGUGGCCGUGGUCAGCGCGGUGGUCCGGGCCAGCGCGGCGGACGUGGUGGCUUCCAGCGUGCUGGUCCCGGCGGCCGGGGACAGGGUGAUCGCUUCUACGACAACCGGGGUGGCCGCGGCGGCCGUGGCGGACGCCGCUUCGGAUGGAGGGACUGGGACAAGCCGCAGCGGACUCGUGAGGCGUCGGUCAACGUUCGGCCAGACUGGACUAUGCUGGAAGAGGUGGACUUUGCGCGUCUGUCGAAGCUGAGCCUCGAGGCGCCCGAGGGCGAGGAUCUGGAUUCCUAUGGUUUCCUCUACUACUACGACCGGUCGUUCGACAAGCCGCCUGUCAAGAACGCUGAGCGCAGACUGGCCGCGCUUGACCGCGCCGCGUACAAUGUUACCACUUCGCAGGAUCCCGUCAUCCACGAGCUGGCCGAGAAGAAUGAGGCAACUGUCUUCGCUACCGCCGACAUCCUCUCCAUGCUCAUGUGCGCUACUCGCAGUGUGUACUCGUGGGACAUUGUCAUCACGCACCAGGACGACAAGAUCUUCUUCGACAAGCGGGAAGGCUCGUCGUUGGAUCUGGUGACUGUCAACGAGAACGCGAUCGACGCCCCGCUCGAGAUGUCCGAGGCCUCCGCUGGCAACAAGCCGGAGCAGAUCAACACUCCCGGCGCGCUGGCCAUGGAAGCCACCUUCAUUAACCACAACUUUGCGCUGCAGACGGUGUCCGAGCAGCCAUCGGCCAAGGUGGAGUUUGCCCAGCCCAACCCCUUCUACAAUGAGGCCGAGGAGACCGAGCCCCUCGCCUCGAAGGGGUACAAGUACCGCCGCUUCGACAUGUCGCUGGAGCGCGACGACGAGCCCGUGCAGAUCAUCGUCCGCACGGAGGUCGACGCCGUGAUGAAGAACCCCACCGGCGGCGCGGACCAGCAACUGAUCGUCAAGGCGCUGAACGAGUUCGACCCCAAGGCGCAGGGCUCCGGCAGCGCGCUGGACUGGCGCACCAAGCUGGUGUCGCAGCGCGGUGCCGUCAUCGCCACCGAGAUGAAGAACAACAGCACCAAGCUGGCCCGCUGGACCACGCAGGCCAUCCUGGCCAAGGCCGACGGCAUGAAGCUCGGCUUUGUCUCGCGCGCGAACCCGCGCUCCGCGGCGGGUCAUGUUAUCCUGGGUGUUGUCGGCUACAAGCCGCGCGAGUUCGCCAGCCAGAUGAACCUCAACCUGACCAAUGGCUGGGGUAUUGUGCGCACGAUCGUCGACCGCAUCCGCACCCUCGACACCGACGAGCCGGCUGACAAGGUCAAGAAGUACGUCCUGAUCAAGGACCCGAACAAGUCUGUGCUGCGUCUGUACAGCGUCCCUGCCACCACCUUCGAGGAUGAUGAGGAGGCCGAGGUGGAUGAGACCCAAGAGAAGAGCGAGGAGGCGGAGGAGUAG